AGCGCGAGCUCGAGGAAGGUUGAGUCUCGGCGCCCGCCGUAGACGCGAUGACAAGGCGGCCCGUUGCCACGGAGACGGGCGAGAUGCCGCUGGGCCUCCCCCGCGGUAGAUUGCGGUGUCAGUGGACCUGAGUCGCCAUGUCUGUGCUGGAUGCGCUUUGGGAGGACCGGGAUGUCCGCUUCGACGUGUCCUCGCAACAAAUGAAAUCAAGACCCGGAGAAGUCCUUAUUGAUUGUUUAGACUCAAUUGAAGAUACCAAAGGAAAUAAUGGAGAUAGAGGUAGACUCUUAGUAACAAAUCUGAGAAUUAUGUGGCACUCUGUGGCAUUACCCAGAGUGAAUCUUUCAAUUGGUUACAACUGCAUAUUGAAUAUUACAACAAGGACUGCUAACUCUAAAUUACGAGGCCAGACAGAAGCUCUUUACAUAUUAACAAAAUGCAACAAUACCCGUUUUGAGUUUAUAUUUACAAAUUUGGUUCCGGGAAGUCCAAGACUUUUCACUUCAGUGACUGCCGUACACAGAGCAUAUGAAACUUCUAAAAUGUAUCGAGACUUUAAGUUGAGAAGUGCACUAAUUCAAAACAAACAACUAAGAUUAUUGCCACAAGAGCAUGUAUAUGAUAAAAUCAAUGGAGUAUGGAAUCUGUCCAGUGACCAGGGAAAUUUAGGAACCUUUUUUGUUACUAACGUGAGAAUUGUGUGGCAUGCCAAUAUGAAUGACAGCUUUAAUGUCAGUAUACCCUAUCUGCAAAUUCGUUCAAUAAAGAUUAGAGACUCAAAAUUUGGUUUAGCUCUUGUCAUAGAAAGUUCUCAGCAGAGUGGAGGAUAUGUCCUUGGCUUUAAAAUAGAUCCUGUGGAAAAACUACAAGAAUCAGUUAAGGAAAUCAAUUCACUUCACAAAGUAUAUUCUGCCAGUCCAAUAUUUGGAGUAGAUUAUGAGAUGGAAGAAAAGCCACAACCCCUUGAAGCUCUAACAAUUGAACAAGUUCAAGAUGAUGUAGAAAUAGACUCUGAGGAUCACACAGAUGCUUUCGUGGCAUAUUUUGCUGAUGGCCAUAAGCAACAAGAUCGUGAACCUGUAUUUUCAGAAGAACUGGGGCUUGCAAUAGAGAAAUUGAAGGAUGGAUUCACCCUACAGGGACUUUGGGAAGUAAUGAGUUGAUCUUGAGUUGAAUUGGAUUUCGAUUUAAAGAUAUCUCAAGAUUUAAGAUAUUAGUCACCUACAGUGAGACAUGAAGCUGUUUUUACAUUUACAGAAAAGCAUUUAAGAAAAUCUUUUUAAUAAUUAAGGAAAUAUUUAUCUAAGAGUUUACUGCCCAUUUUUUAAGACAUUUUUAUUGUAAUCCAGAAUGUACUUGGCUUGUAAAUAAUGUUCAUUUUGUACCUAAUCCUUGUAAAUUGUCAAUCUACAGAUAUGAAAUGACUAUAUCAUGUUAGGUUUUAAAAAAAUGUAUACAUAUAAAAGAAUGUAUACAUGCAUUACCAUUUAGUGUUUUGAAAGCAAUAUUUAAAAGAAUAACAAGUUUAUGGAGCAUUCAAAAUACUAAUUUUUCAUUAGAAAAAAAUCUAGUUUAAAUAUAUUGCUAUAUAGCUCCAAACUUAAGACAAUUCUAAUAUAAAUUAUGACCCUUAAAUUUAUGUUUUAAUGAUCAGUUAUGUAGAAAUUAUAGCUAACUCUGAAAUAUAUCAUUCCCAAUGUUAAAAUUUUGCAUUCUGUUUUAUAAAUAACUUCAAUAUUGUUUGAGCAAUACUUCUAUUUUGUAAGAAAAGUAACCUGAACUGGUUUUUAAAUAAAUCAUUUCAUAAUGA